GAGCUCGUUCGUCAGGGAGAGGCACUGAAACGCACAGAGCAGAUGGUGGAUAAAAUGGACCAGGACUUGAAGACAAGUCAAAGGCAUAUAAAUAGCAUUAAGAGUGUUUGGGGGGGCUUGGUCAACUACUUCAAAGCCAAACCUCCAGAGAGCAAGCCAGAGCAGAAUGGAGCCCCUGAAUAUUAUGGUAACAGCAGACUAAAAGAAGCAAUGGUGUCUAGUAAAGAACAAGAGUCAAAAUACCAGGAAAGUCAUCCAAAUUUGAGGAAGCUAGAUAAUUCAGAUGAUGAUUUUGGCAAAGCAGACUUAGUUUCUUCAGUGCAAAGGGAUUCUUAUCCAAAGAACCAGCACCUGCGAGCUUACCACCAGAAAAUUGAUAACAACUUAGAUGAGAUGUCUUCUGGGUUGAGUCGUCUGAAAAACCUAGCUCUUGGGCUGCAGACUGAAAUAGAAGAGCAAGAUGAUAUGCUGGAUCGGCUCACAAAAAAAGUAGAGACACUGGAUAUCAACAUUAAGAACACUGACAAAAGAGUCCGACAGCUUUAA